UUUACGGUAACAUCUGACGGGUCCAACAUUAUACAGACGCUGCAGAACUGCACCGGAUAUGCGCCGGCACGAAAUGACAACGGUACGAUAAAGCGGCGGAGCUCGAAAGAGACGAUGGAAGCGUGCCAGGGUGUCAGUAAAAUCAUCAGCGACGCGGCAAAGAUUUCUCAUCCGGCGGAAUCGAGACCCGUCAAACUCGAUGACGACGGCAUCGCGAUAAACAACAGCGAUAAACGAUCGACCGAGCCGCGACCGGGGCCGGUCGGCUGUCAGGGAAAUGGCCCGCAACGGAGCGCCGAGUCAAGCAUCGUGGAUCAAAGCGAAUACGUGGACGCGAAACGAGGAUGCGGCAGCAAAUAUAAAUUCGACGAUCUGAAAGAUCGAGAAAUGGCGGUCGAACUUGAGCCAGGAAUCAGUAGUCAGCAGGAUCAAUCGAACGCGACGACCGAAAGGAUAAAGCCGCGCGUCAAGGACACGUCGACAAAUAUAGACGAGAAGAUUGCCAGAAGUAGAAUCAGGAACGGUAGAGUGCCGAUAGAGGAAAGAUCGUUUUCGAGAAGGCACGUGUCUUCGCCGAAGUACAUGAGUUACUUGAGGACGUCUCGUAAGGAGGAGAGGGAUGAUCGACUUCGCGGUAAUUCCUCAUCUCGGAGAAACGAUGGGAUAGAAAAAUCGCAACGUCGAAAGAAACUUUUUAUGGAAAGUUCCAGCAUUGAGCGCGAUGGCCGAAGGAAUCCACGAAUUGGAAGAAGAACACCGAUGCCGAGGAGUACAGUGCACACGACGUACAAUCCGAUAACACGCUCAUCGACCACUCCUAUUUUAGAUUCCAGCGGUCUCACGAUACAGUUUCUGAGGCUGGCUGUUUUAUUAUACGCGCCCACGUUGAUGCCGGCGUUGAAUUCAUUGAUCGCGCAGCAGAAUCAACAAACGCCCGUGUCGAUGUCUUCGGCUUUUGAAAGAUCUAACGAUCUACUAACGCAAAUCUUCCGUCUGCUCAAUGAGCAACAAUCUAUCCCUAAUCUGCCAUUUGUGUCAAUCGAAUCCGAGAGAGCUUCCUCGGCUUUGACCGCGGAGACAGACGUCGGAAGUUCGCGGUCACUUUCCGAGAAGAAAGAGGAGAAUACCUCGAUCGCUACGGAUAAACCUGACUCUAUUUCGGAACAAGGAUCUAGCUCCUCCGGGACUCCGAGCCAUUGGAAACCGAAUGAUCGUGUACAGCAGCAGAACGGAAAAAACAGAAAGUGGCGACUGACGUCGAUGUUGACCGAUUCUGGUAUAAGACUGGACAAGACCAUUUUCACGGCAGAGGACUUCCGGAAAUUCGAAGACUUCUUAAAAGCCAAGAGGAAACGUCCGGAAGACGUUCGAUCUUUGUCCAUGAGAAGCAAAAACGAAGUCGUUAUGAAAGAGUAUUUCCGGAACUGGUUGCAUCGGUUGUUGCAGCAAUUGAACUCGGCAAGCAGUAUUCUGUUCAAAAACAACGAAGAGAGGAAAUUUUCAAAGAUUCCAGAUAAAUCCCCUUUGGAAGAAGUAAAAGGACAACAGAAUAGAGACCGUUUGAUAUUUGACGAAUCGCCAAAUUCCUCGAAAGACGACGGUAAUACCUUUUCGGAGCGCGAGGAAGAGGAUUCGGACGAUCAAAAGUCGUUCAGUUCCGCUGCAAGCACGAAUUCCUCGAGAUCGCUGCGACUUAAACAGAACGAUGUCGCGGAAGAGAAAGAGUCGCAAAAAAAUGAAAAUUCGCAGAAUUUUGACGAUUAA